AUUUUGACAUUUAGAGCAAACUAAAAUAAUAUUUAAAUUGAAUUGUGAUAAAAGUGCAGCAUUAAAAUGAAAUUUUUAUUUGAAAUUGUAGUUUUAUUUACUUGCUGCGUUAUUGUUACAAUUGCAGUUGACGCAGAACAAGCGAAGUCCGAAUGUUUAACUAAAUUAGAAAUUACAAAUGAAGAAUAUGAAACAGCAAGAAGCGCAAAAUUUAAAAAUCCUACACAAAAAAUUAAAUGUUUCUUUGAUUGUUUUGGAAAGAAGGUGAAAUUCAUUUCGAACUCUGAGAUAGAUGCAGAUGAAAUUGCAAAACAAUAUGCAGCUUUAAAAGAAGGAUUAAAACCUGAGGAUGUAAAGAAAAUUAUCGCGACAUGCAAGGAUAAGUGGUUGGCACCAGCUGAUACAUCUGAUUGUGAUAAAGCGUACAAUUUCACAUUUUGUCUUUACGAUAAUUUGAAAAUUUAAGGCUAAAAUAAUCCAACUCGAUUGUAUUCCAAUAACUUUAUAAACCUUACUCCUAUAAUAAUUAUAACCUGUGUAUAU